UUUGAUAAAAGUUACUUACGCCAGCGCUAUGAUUUAGCGUCAAGUUGCAAAGAUUUAAGUGAUUCAUGUGUGCUCUCAAAGUUUAAAUGGAACCGCAUUUUUUGUUAAAACACAAGUAUUUUCUAAUAUGUCUGAUACCAAACAUCAUGAUACUUUUCGGCUACUACGAAAACUACAUCAAGAACGAAAAUGGAAUCAUUCUUUUCAAGAAGGUGGAUAAUGGGGGUGCCUACACAGAUUUGAGUAAAUAUCUGGUGGACACUAGUAAUUGCAAAAUUCCUGACAUCGAUCCUUUGAAUAGUGACGUCUGGCCUUAUUACCAGAAGCAAGACUACGUGCAUUGUCGGACUUUAAACCUUUUAACGUACAUCGAAAGACGGGACGAUGAAAUUUUCCUUAAAUUGAACUAUUCGUUGUUGGAUGCCUACAGUCCUUACCCUAUUUCUUGUUGCUAUUCUAACGUGACCCGAGGGGACGACGAUGACGAUGAUGUUGACAACACAAUUAGCUUUUCAGAGUGCACACCCUUCAUUCGAGCUGCCAAAAUCUCCUCGGACAUGAUCAAAGUCACCUGCAAAACUGACUACGACGAAGUAUAUUCCAACGUGCAUAGUAUCAUCAAAGAGAACGAAGAAACCCUAUAUAAAAGACCCUCCGGGGGCGACUACAGCGUACUACUAGUCGGAAUCGACACUAUGUCCCAGCUAAAUUUAAUCCGAACUAUGCCUAAAACGUACAGAUUGUUGGAAAACACCGGUUGGAUUAACUUGCGGGGGUACAACAAAAUCGACGACAACACUUUCCCGAAUUUGAUGGCGAUUCUAAGCGGGAUGAACCUAUCCCAAAUCCACACUAUCUGCAAUCCCGAGAAGAACUAUCUCGACGAUUGUGAUAUUAUCUGGAAGAGGUUCCGUCAGCGCAACUACGUGACCGCGUACGCCGAAGACGAAAGCCACUUGAACACUUUCAGUUUUCUCAUGAAGGGUUUCAAUAAUACUCCUACAGAUUUCUACUUCCGGCCGUAUUUCCUGGCAGCUGAGACUCUCAACGUCGUGACGCAUUAUCUAGCUUCGUACUGCACGGGUCCAGAAACCUCCGGCGAACGCAUCCUCGACUUGAUCAAAGACUUCGUCGACGUGUUUUCAGACAAACUCAAAUUCGGCCUCUUCUGGAUGAACACCUUCAGCCACAACAACAUCAACACGGCGUCCGGGAUGGACGACGUUUUCGAGAAGUUUCUGUCGUACUUGAUGAAGAGCAAAGUUUCGGAAAACACCGUCCUGGUGUUUUUCAGCGACCAUGGGUUCAGGUUCGGGAAGAUCCGGUAUACUUAUAGUGGGUGGUUGGAGGAGCGGCUGCCCUUCAUCCACCUCUGGGUACCUAAGUCGUUUCGGGCGAAGUACCCCGAGAGCUACAACAACUUGAUGUUCAACGCCUUCAAGCUGACGACACCGUAUGAUCUCUACAUGACCCUCCAAGAUAUUUUGCAGCGGUCGGACAGCACUUACCAGGUCCAGUCUAGCUUGGCGUGCCCUAAAUGUAGAUCGCUCUUCCAAAGAAUUAGUGAAAAUAGAUCGUGCGACGACGCCGCCAUUUCGCAACAUCUGUGUACGUGCAUGGGACACGUUUAUAUUGAUCCUAAUUCGCAAAUCGUGAAGAAGGCGACGUAUUUUGCGUUGGAUAAGUUGAGGAGUACGAUAAAUUCGUUCGUGGAUGGGCCGAGGAUGUGUGCUAACUAUGAUCUGAAGCAUAUUAUCUCGUCGGGGAUUACGGAGACUUUCUAUAACAAGAAAGACGAAUCUGUGAACUAUUUGCUGAUAGUGUUUGAGACGUUUCCGAAGGCUGUAUUCGAAGCGACUGUUAGUAUCUCGUAUCAGAAUUAUAUCCCGUUGUUUACCUUACAGGGGAUCAUAAGCAGGGUGGACAGGUACGGGAAUACGAGUGCUUGCGUCAACAAUCCAAUUUUGAGAAAGUAUUGUCACUGUGAUGGGUUUUAUACCAAGGUUAAGAAAACUGUAGACAUAUUAUUUAAUAAUUAAAUUUUUAUAAAAAAAAA